AUGGACCUGUCUUUUAAAGAUAAACAUUGGCAUGAAAGGUGCUUCUUAUGUAGUGUAUGCCAGGCAUCAUUGGCUGACAAACCAUUUGCCACAAAGGACAAUGAUCUCUACUGUCCAGAGUGUUAUGAUGAAAAGUUUUCACCACGCUGUGAUGGCUGUAAAAAGAUAUUUAAAGCUGGUUCACGUAAAUAUGAGUAUAAAGGAUCAACAUGGCAUGAAGAAUGCUUCACUUGUAUUGAAUGUAAACAACCAAUUGGAGCAAAAAGUUUUGUGCCCAAAGAUGAUGGUGUUGUGUGUGUACCAUGCUACGAAGAGAAAUACUCCCAGAAAUGCUGUAAAUGUAAUAAGGCCAUCCAAAAAGGAGGAGUUACUUAUAAAGGUCAACCAUGGCAUAAGACCUGUUUCUUGUGCACAAAUUGUAGCUGUGAACUAGCCGGUCAGAAGUUUACUUCACGGGAUGAAAAGCCAUACUGUGCAGACUGCUAUACACAGUUGUUCGCAAAACACUGCGCAAAGUGUACAAAACCAAUAAGCGGUUUCGGUGGGUGCAAAUUUGUGACAUUCGAGGAUAAACACUGGCAUUCCGAUUGUUUCAACUGUAGUAAAUGUCAAAAUAGCCUUGUAGGCAAAGGAUUCCUUGUCUCAGACGACGGUGUUGUUUGUCCAGAAUGUGCAAGAUAA